GAUGCCCCAUGCAUACUCCCGCUAUUUUUUGCCAGCGCCUGCCGCCUUCGCCACCGCUCCGCUGCUGCUCUUCCACCUCCUCAUCCUCCCUCAGGUGAGGCUUGUCACACAGACCCCGAUCUUCAUCGCAAUAAUCACACUCAGAAAUGGAGGCUAGUGCCCGCACUGCUAUGUAUCCUCAGCACAGCUGCAAAAACAUAUACCUGGUGAGGCAUGCUCAAGGUAUUCAUAAUGUGGAAGGUGAAAAGGAUCAUAGUGCCUACAUGUCGCCCGCAUUGCUUGAUGCUCACAUUACCCCUUUGGGCUGGAGACAAGUUGAUUGCCUGCGAGAGCAUGUGACAAAAUGUGGACUAGACAAAAAGAUUGAGCUGGUAAUUGUUUCCCCACUAUUGAGGACCAUGCAAACUGCAGUGGGGGUUUUUGGUGGUGGGAGCCAUACUAAUGAAGUAAUUGCAUCACCAUUAUUAAUGGUAGAAGGUGUUGGCCAAAGUGGACAUGCGGCAAUUUCAAGUUUGAACUGCCCACCAUUUCUUGCAGUUGAAGCAUGCAGGGAGCGCUUGGGUGUUCAUCCCUGUGACAAGAGGAGCAGCAUAACAAAAUACAAUACUCUCUUUCCUGCCAUUGACUUUUCCCUGAUAGAGAAUGAUGAAGAUGUUCUUUGGGAACCAGAAGUCAGAGAAACAAUUGAAUCUGUUGCUGCCAGGGGCAUGAAGUUUAUUGACUGGUUAUGGACAAGAGAAGAAAAAGAUAUAGCUAUUGUCACCCACAGUAGUUUCUUGGAUUUCACUUUAAACAUGUACGGUAAAGAGUGUCAUCCAACCAUAGUAGAGGAUAUGGCCAAGCGAUUUGCCAACUGUGAGCUCCGCUCGAUGGUGUUGGUUGACAGAAGUAAGCUUGGAUCAGAAACUCAUACAUGCAAUUUCUCUGGGAAGAUACCAGCCACAUUUGAUCUAGCUACUAAUGUCGUGGACAAGAAGUGAGCUAGAGCACCCACCCGCAUUCGAGUCGUUCUCCGCAAGGGAAGAAUAGUUUGUAACAAUAUUGGGAUGGCCUUUGAAGUUCCCAAAGCGCAAGUGAAGCUAGAAGAUUAUAUAUAAAGGCACACAAGAGGAAGUGGAUUGGAUCCAUCCAUAUUAUUUGCAUUUUAGAAGAUUCAUAUAAACAUGUAUAUGUGCUUUGAUUGGUUGGCAUGCAUGACUAUAUGUUAGUAAUGGCCUAUGUGCCUAUUUGUACCGGUGUCAACAAAAGUCUAUAUAUAAUUAUACAGUUUGGUUUAUGAACAUGUAUGCUACAUUCGAUAUUGACGUAUGGUCGAUUGAUUAUGCAUGCAAUAGAUGUGACUUGCAUAGGAGCUCAUAGGGUGCUCCCCUCUCUUGUCUCUUGAUGUGAGCAGGGUAGUAGUAAAUUUGUAUUUUAGAUAUGUAUACCUUGUGUAUACACCUAUAUGAUAUCAUA